GCUGACUAUCUUCUCCUCUUAGUCAGAUCUGUGUUAUAUCUGUAACAGUGCAUGAAUUGUGUAUGGGAGGUUUUCGGAGCAUGUAAAAGUCUGAAAUCAAUCGCCCAACUGCACUGUCAAUUGAUCAAAGCUGGGUUGAUUCAAGACGCUGGUUUUGCCUCAAGUCUAACUGAUGCUUACAUUUCGCUUGAACUUUCCGAUAAUGCACUUAAACUGGUCGACGAAAUUCCUCAUAGGAGUGCGUACGCAUGGAAUUGCAUUCUUCAGCGUUGUUGCAGAGAAAAACGAUAUGCGGACGCGUUGUCCAUCUUUUCCCGUUUGUUUUCCUGCCAAAAUACCGAUUCUUUAACCCUGUGUAGCGGAUUGAAAGCGUGUUCUGAACUAAAUGCGAUUGGUUCCGGCCAAACGAUUCAUUCGUUUAUAACAAAACUUGGUUUGCUUAAUUCAAACUUGUUUAUUGGGACCAGGCUUGUUGAAUUGUACUCAAAAUGUGGGAUAAUGGAUGAUGCCCUGCGAGUUUUCAAGGAAUACCACAAACCAGAUAUUGUUUUGUGGACUUCACUCAUCUCCGGUUAUGAACAGAAUGGCGAACCUAAGGGAUCACUCACUGUUUUUGCUGAACUAAUAAGGUGUAAUGCUGUUGGCCCUGAUGAUGUAACGCUUAUCAGUGCUGUUUCAGCUUGUACCCAGUUGUUUGAUAUGAAUGCUGGAAGAAGCAUACAUGGCUUCACAAUUAGGAGGAAGAGAUGCUUUGAUCUUUCCCUACCCUUGGUGAAUUCUUUUUUGAACUUAUAUGCCAAGACAGGUGGUUUAAUGGCUGCUGAAAAUUUGUUUAGCAUUACAGAACAGAAAGAUGUGAUAUCAUGGGGGACUAUGCUCUCAUGCUAUGCUCAUAACGGGGCUGCUAAACAGGCAGUGGAUCUUUUCAAUCUGAUGAUUCAUAGGGGUUGCGUCGAGCCUAACUCGGUUAGUUUCAUCACUACUUUGCAAGCAUGUGAAGCUACAGGCAAUAUAUUGGAGGGUAGAAAGAUACAUAAACUUGUAGUCCAGAAAGGGUUCGACUCAUCAGAUAUCUUUCUAUCCACAGCUUUAAUUGACAUGUACAUGAACUGCGGCUGCCCAAGUGAAGCAAUCACGGUUUUUGAGAGAAUGUCUAAGAAAGAUGCUGUUGCUUGGUCUUCUGUAUUACACGGGUGUGUCCAUAACAAAAUGGCGCACAAGUCGAUGACAAUUUUUCAUGAUAUGCUGACUCUUGGGGGUGGAAUCAAGCCCGACUCGAGUGCCAUGGUGAGUGUUCUGACAGCUUGUUCAGAGCUUGGCAAUCUCCAACAAGCCUGUUGUCUUCAUGGUCAUAUAACCAAACAUGGUUUCAAGAAUGACAAAUUUGUUGGGGCAUCCCUUAUAGAAAGCCAUGCAAAAUGUGGUGGCCUAGGUGAUGCCAUCGGCAUUUUUGAGGAAAUUAAAGAAGACAAAGACGUCGUCAUUUGGAGCUCCAUGCUUGCAGCAUAUGGAAUGCACGGGAAAGCGAAGGAGUCAAUCAGUUUAUUUUCUCAAAUGAUGACCCAAAGCUCCACCGCAGUUAGGCCCAAUGAGGUAACCUUUCUAUCAAUUUUAGCAGUCUGCAGUCAUACCGGUCUAGUUAAAGAGGGGAUUGAGUUCUUCAAAAGAAUGGUUCAUGACUAUGCACUAAUGCCAGAGUCAAAGCAUUAUUCCGCAUUGAUUGACCUUCUGGGACGCAACGGGGAAUUGGAUGAGUCCAUCAGCAGCAGCAUCAUUGAUGGAAUGAAGAGUCAAGGUUUGCGAGGAGAUGCCACAUGGGGAGCUUUGCUUAGGGCCUCUAGGAUGUACCAGAAUGGAGAGAUGGGACGGAUUGCAGCGAAGAAUCUUUUUCAGUUAGAUCCUAAUAACAUGGGGUAUCACCUUCUGUUAUCAAAUAUAUAUGCAGUUGAUGGAGAUUGGGAUGGUGCUAGUGAACUGAGAGCUUCAAUUACAAAGAGAGGGUUGCAUAAGAUGGCUGGUGAAAGUGUUGUGUUCUUGAAUUGAGAGGAGGUAGGGUGACAACCCCACUUUCUCAACUUGUCAUGAAAUUAUUCAAGUUUAUUAUAAUGAAAUGAAAUCAUUCAAUUUUAUUGUAAUUGAAUAAAUCAAAUUAAACAAAAAAGAAAAGAAAAAUACACACUCAAACCGAAAGAUUUACAUUUACAUUAUAUUUAGAAGACAGAAAGAGUAAGUACGGUGAGAGAAGCUCGGGAUAGGUUACUACUAAUUAGUUUAUCCUAAUUAUUUUGUGCGGUCACGGUUAUUUUUUUGUAAUAAUCACCAUGGGGUGUUUGGUAAAUGGCGUUUCCGCAAAAAAAAUGUUGGUUUGACCACUUUUGACAUUUUCAAUAAGUGAAAACGCU